AUGAGCGCUCAGCAGCCGGGGAAGUGUAUCGUGUGCGGUGUUGAAACGAACAAACGUUGCUCGGCUUGCACAAAGGUCGACCACAGCCUCUUCUUUUGCUCGCCGGAAUACCAGAAGCUCGUCUGGCACACCCACCGCCGCGUCUGCGGCUCCUCACUCUCGCCUGCACCUCACCCUUGGCUUUCGAAGAAAGAGGCCGCCGAAGCCUUCGCCAACUUCGAUGUUCUGCAGCGCAUGUGGCAUGGAGGUGACGAGAGUGUGUCGACGAGCAUGCAGGCGAUCCUGAAGUGUCGGGCGGAAGACGCCAAGGAUCUGCUCAAAUUCUUUGCGGAAGGUGAGACUCACCCCUACGACACCUGGAGCUCGCAGAGCGUCAUUACCGAGACGCGCAAUACGGAGUAUCUCCGCAUACUCGGCGACAACGACCUGAACGAUGUGCUGGGCAACUACGACAUCUACACCGUCAUCAACCAGCUCUGGAAUUACAUCUUGCCAAUGACGCCCACAGCGGCUCAAUGGUACAGCGAGGCACACCAUCGCGUGGCGAUCCUCCUCAAACUCAUCCAGCUUCAGAAGACCGGCAAUCCCGCCGUCACGCUCGACAUGUGUCGGCAGUGCUUUCGACAGGUUGAGCAAUGCUUGCUGACCGCGAUCGCAGCCAAGCAUACGGCGGCCGUCCCUUGGGCCGAUUGGGCCCUCUCCCGACUGCGCAAGGCUAUCGAUACGUCGACGAUGAGUUUGCACAUUCCGCUUGACACUGCGGGAGGCGCUACGACCCGUUCUACGGCAGGGUAG